AUGCAAGACCACCUACCUCCGGGUAUUGCGAUGGUGAAGUCUGAAAACCUGGAAGAGUGGCAGAUGGACAUCAAGGUCCUAGACACAAACCCACUCUAUCUGGACCAAACCUAUCGCCUGAAGUUCACUUUCAGCAACAAGUACCCCAUCGAACCCCCCGAGGUCCAAUUCAUCCAGUGCGCCGAAUCGACCGGCACCCCCCGUUCGAUCCCCAUCCAUCCCCACAUCUAUAGCAACGGCAUCAUCUGCCUCGAUCUACUCGGCUCGUCCGGCUGGUCUCCCGUCCAGAAUGUCGAAAGCAUUUGCAUGAGUCUGCAAAGCAUGCUGACAGCCAACACGCGCGACGAGCGACCCAUCGGCGAUCAGGAAUUCGUCGCCACCAACCGCCGUCGCAUUCGUGAUAUCAACUUCGUCUAUGAAGACGACAAUGUAUAA